AAAAACAACUACCGCCAGAUCUGAAUUUAGUUGCUCCAUGUACACGGGCCAAACCCAUCGAAAGGUACACCAUACGAGACUUGCACAACUGUGCCGUCAGCUGUGUGGAGUGGUCGAAAAAUGGUAUGAAGCUUUAUUCAGGCGAUCGGCAAGGCAUAAUAGUACUGACCGAAUUCGACUUUCAAGCUCACCUAAGCAAGUCAUCCGAGAUACUUGGCGAAACAUAUGAAAUUGUACAGCUUAGCGUCUGCCAGAGUUAUUUGCUGGUAUCGACACUUUACCGUUCGGUCGUCUGCCAACUCAAUAGCCUUACUGGUCAAUGGCAAGUGACUCAGGUCGGCAGAAAGGAUCGAAAAGUUUUAACCGAGAUCGGUGGUAUAUUCCUAAAGCAACAGUCCAGCCGCCCAAUUUUGAUUUGUGGUCGCCCAGGUUUGCGCUUUUGGAUUGCUGAUACGGAAGGGAAUGUGGAGAAAACAUUACUGUUUCGUGAGGCCGUAGCGCGAAGUCCUACUUGGGAAAUACCUAUACUUAAUCCGAAAGCAUUAUCGCAACAAUGUCUUGCUUCCAACGGCGGAAUCGGCGGGAGCGAUGAUGUAAACAGAAACUUUGGCACUCUAUAUUUAUAUGGAGGACAGGAUAUGCUGAUCGUGACGCACGAUGAGUCAACUUUGUACGUUUUGAAUUUGGAUCGACUGCGUGUUGAAGCGGUAGCCCGAGGUUUUCGAAAAAUUCUUGAUUUUUGUGUUUGUGGCAAGGAGAUUUUUAUUUUGGAAGGAUCGCGUUCAUUAUUGCGACUGGCGCCAUUGCCGGAAAAGCCGAGUAAAACUGCCAAAGUAAUUUUUAAUCCUUUGCUAUCGCCGGUUGAAUCGUUUGAACCGCCUGAGCGACCAGUGGGUAAAGCAGACGAGUGUUAUGAGUUGCCUCCAGUAGAGGCACUUAAUUUGAAUGUACCAAUUGAAUUAGCCGUAGAAUCACCGAGGGCGGAACAAAGUCGGCGUUUAGAAAUUUUCAAUCAAAUAUCUGAAAUGGAUUUCGAUCAAUCGAUAUUAUAUCACAGUUUAGGUGGACGAAAACAACGUGCACGGUGGCACAGUCGUGAUAGAGAUGAUAUUACUGGUACUUGGUCGGCGCCAAAAAAGUCAGAGGGUAUUGUAGAAAUCGGACGUGUUGUGGAACCGGAAACAGGAGUAGAUACGUCGAAUUUGGCCUUGACGGCUGUGGAAGUUAUGGAGGCGGAUCCGAAUGAUAAGCACGCAGCUAUGACAAAACCGACAUUAAUGGAUAGCAGUUUUUGCACAACUACUGUGGCUAAGGUUUUAGAAAAGGAUACACAAAGAAAUCCGCUAUCACUAAAACCGAAAAGUGGCAUUGCACUUAUGCCUAAACAAUCCAGCUUAGAUUCUACUUCACCAUCGCCAACACAUAUCCUUCCUGCUGCACCAGCUUCUACACCCACACCAACACCACUCAAAGAGCUUGCCCAAGCAUAUCCCAAACAAACAAAACUCGAAGACGCCGGCGUGCAAACAACUCCUCGCAAGAAGGUCUAUUACAUUGAAGAAGAGGACGUUGAGGGUAACAUCUACACUGGUCAGCCAGUAGAUGAUCUUUGUCAUGCAGCUUUGCAUGCGGCGACCCUAAUUGAUGAAUACGACAAAGAUAACGAAAGCGGCACAACGUCAAAACUGCCAGCGCGCACCACCCCAGCAGUACAAUUAAAAUUCAUUCCCACACAACCAGUUAACGAGGAAAUAAACAGUUUUUUACCAGAUUUUCGUCGAGCAUGCGAUCCAUGUUCUCCAAGGGUACAUCAAAAAACUCCGCCACCCUCGGCGGAAUCUAAUGGUAGUUCCAGUGAAUGGGAAUUCCUCGAUAAUUAAAAUACACUAUUUUUUAAUAUCACAUCAGUUCUUAGGUAAUUCGCUUCUUACGAGUGCUGUUUCAAUCGAACAUAAUUAUUGUAUGAAUGAUUUAAAAUCUUUGUCAAUUGUGAAAACAGUUAACUUUAAUUAGUUAACUAAACCACAUCUGUAUUAUAAUUGGUAUAUUAUAUAGCACUAUAAAAUUUUAUGUUAAAUCACAUUUUUAUUCCUUGUUGUAGCAUAUUGUAAUCGCUUUCUGUUUUAUUUUAUCUCAUGUUUUAAACAUCAAAAUAAUUAUGCAAUUAUUUGCAAUAACAGUAUAUGUAUGUAAAAAAGCUAUACCAAAUAAAAUGCAUGGUUUAUUGUAUUUUAUCGCUUAAAGGAUUUGUGUAAAAGUAUGCAGAAAAUCGAGUUUGUGUUUUUUUUAGUAACUUAUUUAUCCGCUUUUGCGUUAUAUAUAUAUAUUCAUAUAAACUAUAAGUCCGCUUGAGCCGACCGUGAACUUCAGAAACCGGAAGUGUAUUUAUAUAAGUUAUCCCAGAAGAUAAUUUAGGUAGGCCUUCUUAAGCAGAGCCUCUUAGCUACCCAAGAAGGGCUGCAAAAUGUGAUUUCUACGCGAAUGCAUAAAUUUAUGUUAUUUAGCAUUACAAAUGAAUUUCAAUAAACAGCUUAAGUUCCAA